AUGUCGGAUCUUUCGUAUUUACAAGCAUUAGUGAAAGAGACUCUCCGUUUGCACCCACCGGGUCCACUUCUUGCCCCACACAAAGCCGAGUCAAAUGUAGAGGUUUUUGGGUUUCUCGUGCCUAAGAAUGCUCAGGUUUUGGUAAAUGCUUGGGCUAUAGGACGAGACUCGAGCGUUUGGGAAAACGCAGAGCGGUUUGAGCCAGAAAGAUUUUUGAUGGGACGGGACAUUGAUGUGAAAGGUAGAGAUUUUGAGCUGAUACCGUUUGGGGCUGGACGAAGAAUAUGCCCUGGAAUGUCGUUGGCUAUGAAGACCGUACCUCUCAUUCUUGCUUCUCUUCUUCACUCUUUUCAGUGGCAGCUUCAAAACAGUGUCCUUCCUGAGGAUCUGGACAUGGACGAGAGCUUUGGUCUUACUCUGCAUAAGACCAACCCACUUUAUGCAAUCCCCGUCAUGAAACGUGCCAAUUGA